AUGAUUUCUGCGCAGUCGGGCAAGUACGGCGAGGGUUUUGUGGGGUCGUCGCGCGGCGUGGCGGUCCACGUGAGGGCCGUGGGCCCGGAAGGGGAACGUGACCACACCGGGUGCAAGUGGCCGCUGCUCUCGGCGGCAGCGCCCAUGGAGCCGCUGCCCUCAGAGCCCUGGGUGGCGGUCAUCAGGCGAGGCAGUUGCAACUUCGAGAUAAAGGUGCAAAACGCUUGGCGCGCGAACGCCACCGCCGUGCUCAUCUACAACGAUCGCGACACCACCACGCUGGAGAAGAUGAAGCUGUCCACCGACAAUGGACGCAACAUUAGCGCCGUUUUCACUUACAAAUGGAAGGGCGAGGAGAUCACCAAGCUGGCGGACAACGGCACCAGGGUCAUGAUAGCCAUCAUCAAAGGUCGGACCUUCACCCACAUCAACAACAACAUCAACAAAACUUCGGUGCUCUUCGUGUCGAUAUCCUUCAUAGUGCUGAUGGUGAUCUCCCUCGCCUGGCUCGUCUUCUACUACAUACAGCGCUUCCGUUACAUCCACGCUAAGGACCGCCUCUCUAAGCGGCUCUGUUGCGCGGCCAAAAAGGCGCUUUCGAAAAUUCCCACCAAAAGCUUAAAGACUGACGACAGAGAAGUACAAGGAGACGGCGAAUGCUGCGCUAUCUGCAUUGAGCCCUACAAAGUUUCGGAGACUUUAAGAUCUCUUCCUUGUAGACAUGACUUCCACAAGAACUGCAUCGAUCCGUGGUUGUUAGAGCACCGUACAUGUCCAAUGUGCAAGAUGGACAUUCUCAAGUAUUAUGGCUUCGUGUUCACCGGUAGCCAGGAGAGCAUUCUGCAGCUGGAGGUGGAGGAGGCUCGUAGCCGAGCGCUCAGCCCAGCGAGGAAUCGCCACCCGCUCACACUACUGACGAGCGACAACUCGUACGAGGCGGGCAGCGAGCGCAGCAGCCGCGCGUCCUCGCCCGACGAGCUGGUGCCGUCGCUGCACGACUCGCACGCCAGCCCCGACCACCACAGGUCCUGUACAUCUUCACCGUCCGGCAGCCCCAGAGCGGAGUGUUCGCGGCAGGAGACGGCAUCCGUCAGCGUCGCCAACGACGCCCACGAC